UUCGACGACGUGGAAUUCAAGCCGUUCCGAGAGACUUACAAGAUCAUAACAUUCAACAUGGUGGUCGGUUUGCUGUACCCUACACCGGAGACAGAUGUUUGCAGGCUUGUUGGGAUCGGUGUAGUAUUGAUAUCAAUAACCCCAGCAGCUUUUAUUGGUCUCCUCGAUAUCUGGAGCAGCUGGAAGAGAGGGGAUAUCAUAAACAUCGUCAGACAUGUCACCGUUCUGGGCCCAUUUCUAGCAGCGAUUUUUAAGAUGAUGUUGUUUUAUUACACACGAAACAAGGCGUGGAGCAUCAUUAAGAAGAUAGACGCUGACCAUGCUCGGUACAAUGUACUUCCUGAGUCGCACAAAGAUAUCGCUCGUUGGCAUAUAAGAAAUACACAAUACUACAGCGAAAAAUGCUGGUUUAUAACAGUCGCCGUUUGCGUCCUCACAUUUCCAUUCACCGCCGUGGUUCUCAACUUCUACAAUUUCGUCUUCAAGGAAGAACCUGUCAAGUACAUGAUACAUGACUUGGACAAGCCAUUUUCACCCCGAGAAGACAGAUUUUCAACCCCUUAUUUCGAAAUAAUGUUUGGCUACAUGGCGUACUGUUCGCUGUGGUAUAUACUGAGUUUUACAGGAUUUGACGCGUUUUUCGGUAUAACUAUUAACCAUACUUGUAUGAAAAUGGAGUUAGCUUGUAAAGUUAUGGAGGACGCCAUGUUGGAGAAGGACAGAGAUAGUCGACUUAGAAAGAUGAAGGAAGUGAUUUCGGAGCAGAAUGAUUGUUUUAAGGCGGUGGAACUGAUACAAGAUACUUUCAACUUUUGGCUCGGGUUAAUUGUCGUGGCAACGAUGUGUCAGAUAUGUAACUGCAUGUACCAAAUUAUCGAGGCACUAGAUGUCGCCACGCGUCUAUACUGUUGCGGUUGGGAGCACGUGAAUGACGAGAGAGCGCGAAAGAUGAUCGCCUUCAUGAUAGCUAGAGCACAGGUACCUAUGCAUAUCACAGCUUUCAAUAUGUUUUAUUUUGACAUGGAUCUAUUCGUUUCGAUAUUGCAAACAUCGUAUUCACUUUUCACACUAUUGCGAUCUUAG